AUGAUUCCCCCCUAUCUUUUAUAUCAGGACGGUCUUAAUCCUUCCGAAAAAACUCUUUCAAGGCCUGGCCUUUAUGAAACAGUAGAUACAUUUAAAGGAUACUACAACAUAGCACUGCAAAAAGGGCCCGAUGGAGUAGAGCCACGGGUCAAACAUGGUCUAUCGAGCAAGUCCACAAGCGCGCGUGUAGCGUGUGAGCCCGUUGUCCGUAUUCCUGUGUAUUACUGGUUGCUUUCUGUCGUCUCUUCUGGUGGGCGCGGCUGGUACCAUCUUUUUUGGUCUGUUGCUUCCGCCAGUGGGACUUUUCUGCCAGUGGGUUUGUUGCUUCCCACUGGUAGGCCCUUUCCUCCUACCAGUGAACCUGUCAUCUCUCGCCAGUGGACCUUUUUACAUAGCCGCCGGAGACAUUUAUCCCACUGGUCAGACAUUUGCUUCCUGUUGCUUCCUGUUGCUUCUGCCGGGGAAACCGAUGGUUCCAUUUCUGCCGCAAAAUUGUCGGCUAUGUCGUCUCCUCAAGACACAUCGUCAAAAGCCGAUAAGGCUCACCAGAAGCCCAACAUGGGCGCCUCGAAAAAGGUCACACCGGCCCAUAAGAAAGGCCAAAGUAUGCGCCAGAAGAAAAGGGCAAACCGACCUACAAGAAAGGUCACAGUAUGUGCCAGCAAAAAGGGCAAACUGCCCCACAAGAAAGGCUACAGCUCCAAAUGCGCACCAGAGAAAAAAUGGCUUUUCAGAGACCCUCAAGGUCACUGUCAAGAUUCAAAGCCAAAUCAAGAUAGAUAG